AUGGCUGGCGUGAGCAUCUAUGUCCCUUUUGUGGACAUAUGUUUCCACUUCUUUUUGGGGGAAGUGGCCUGGGAGACAGAGAAGCAAGAUAGGGAUCGUCUCCUACUGGAAGAUCACCGCCUGAGCAUGAGCAUAGCAGCUGCCCAGGAGAUGUGGCAAAAAUACAGAUUCCAGGCCCUGCUCCGGACCUAUGGAAACACCACUCAGGUGCAGGUCUUGGAAAUCCGUGUUGAUCCGAAACAUAUCUUGCUGCGAAUCCCAAGGUUCAUCAUCGUCCUUCUCACCCUCUUUAGCCUGACCGGUCGUGAGGUCCUGACACCCUUCCCAGACCUGGGCACGGCGGCAGCUCCGGCACAGGCUGGUGCCCACCUAAAGCAGUGUGACCUGCUGAAGCUGUCCAGGCGGCAGAAGCAGCUCUGCAGGAGGGAGCCUGGCCUGGCUGAGACCCUGAGGGAUGCUGCUCACCUCGGGCUGCUGGAAUGUCAGUUCCAGUUCAGGCAGGAGCGCUGGAACUGCAGCCUGGAGGGGAGGACUGGCCUGCUCCAGAGAGGCUUCAAGGAGACGGCCUUCCUGUAUGCAGUGUCUGCAGCUGCCCUCACGCAUGCGCUGGCCAGAGCCUGCAGUGCUGGGCGCAUGGAACGUUGCACCUGUGAUGACUCCCCAGGCCUGGAGAGCCGGCAGGCCUGGCAGUGGGGGGUGUGUGGUGACAAUCUGAAGUAUAGCACCAAGUUCCUCAGCAACUUCCUGGGGCCCAAGAGAGGAAGCAAGGACCUGAGGGCGAGAGCUGACGCUCACAACACCCACGUGGGCAUCAAGGCUGUGAAGAACGGCCUGAGAACAACCUGCAAGUGCCAUGGUGUGUCAGGCUCCUGUGCUGUGCGCACCUGUUGGAAGCAGCUCUCCCCAUUUCGAGAGACCGGCCAGGUGCUGAAGCUCCGUUACGACACGGCUGUCAAGGUGUCCAGUGCCACCAAUGAAGCCUUGGGCCGUCUGGAGCUAUGGGCACCUGCUAAGCCAGGUGGCCCUGCCAAGGGCUUAGCACCACGGCCCGGGGACCUGGUCUACAUGGAAGAUUCUCCCAGCUUCUGCCGGCCCAGCAAGUACUCUCCGGGCACAGCAGGCAGGGUGUGUUCUCGAGACUCAAGCUGCAGCAGCCUAUGCUGCGGGCGAGGCUACGACACCCAGAGCCGCAUGGUGGUUUUCUCCUGCCACUGUCAAGUGCAGUGGUGCUGCUAUGUGGAGUGCCAGCAGUGCGCACAGCAGGAGCUUGUGUACACCUGCAAGCGCUAGGCUUCCACCAGACAAGACCUAGGCACUGCCAGGACUCCCGCGGAGCAGCGUGCAAGCAUGCACCUGCUGAUGCACAUGCUGUGCACAAGAAUGUACAACUCUCUCUUCCCCAACAGAUGGUUGGCUAGCCUUCUGCCUUCCCCAACACUCAGCAGAGAGAAAAAAAAGUGCCCCGCCUCCUGGUCCCAGGAUCACCAACCUGGUGGAGGACUUGGGGGUCAGAGAACAGACUGAGAAGGGGAAUCUUUGAGGACCAGGGUAGGGCAGAAAUGAUGCUGUGUGGGAAGAGAGAAGCAUCCUCCUGUCUCAAGGCCCAAAACUUGGAGGAUGUGGAAGAGGGAGGUGGAGUCAGCUCGAGUGUGGGUCAGGGCAUCCAUCUGGUCAUGGCUGAUCUGUUGUGGUCCCACUCUGAUGGCAGAGAGCUCUGGAUGCUACAUGCCUAUCCUGCUCUUGUGGUUUCAUGGACUGUAGACUGUUUGGAAUGUUUAUUGGGAGCAAGGGAAACAUUUUAGGCUUGGGUGGACUGAGUUACAGAGCCCAUGCCCUGAAGUCUUAUGUUCUGGCACCAAGGGCUGCCUCCUUGUCUCCUUGUCUUGAGAGUCGCCACCCCCAAAACCAUUGAGCUCUGCUCAAUUAGACCCCUAAUGUAUAUAAGAAGGGUGUAGGAGCCAGUCUCCUUGGUGGGACUCAGAUAAACACAACUAGGGUUGAGUGAGGUGACAGUGACCCUUUCUCUUUUCCUUGGUGGCCCAAGGAACCUUUAAUCACAGUCCAGAGGAGGAGAGAGGCAGUGUCCUUAUGCCUGGAAGAGAUAUGACAGUCUCUAUAUUGAAAUACCACCCUGGAGUGUGUCCUACCAAUUCCUGUGACCAGGGUCCCCUAGAGCUGCAAGCUCCCCCCCACACACACACACACAUGCUAGUGACUCAUGAGAAUGAGUGGCUCAUGGGCUACAAAUCCGCUUACACUCUCCGCUCUCAAAGAUGCUUUUGCAGGCUUUUUUGCCCUGGCUAAGUCUUUGCCAAGUCUGCCUCCUCAGUGGUCUUACUCAUUUACUAAUGGCCUGUCACUCUGGCUCCCACCGGGGGACCAGAAUCCUUUGGUCAUUUUUUAUGGCCCCUACCAAGGCCCUCUGUGAAAAGAGAGGAAGUAGUGUACAGGUACAGGCUCACACACACACACACACACACAGCCUGAGCAGGCACAGACAUUCCAAUGCGGUGUCUCUCCAGCCCAGGGCAAAGACCUCACUGGAAUCACUGCUGAAAGCUCUGUGCUACCCUAGGGCAGGGUCCAAGGCUAACCAGGAGGAGGUGACCUCCUUUGGGAAGACUUUGGCCAUUUGGCUGUCUGUGCUGUGCCCUCCUGUGAGCCUCCUUCCACCCUGAACUCUGUGGGGUUACUACCCCUCGAAGGGACAGAAAGCUUCGGAAUCAGUGGGUGCUCAGCAACACUGGCUCUCCCAGCUCCAAGAAAGAGGCUCUGUGGCUGAGACAUCCAUGAGCCAGAGGGGGCCACCUUCUCUUCUGUGGCUCAGGGCAGUAUGAGGAUGCCAGAAAGAUCUUUGGUGGCAGAAGCUCCAAGGAGGAGCCACAGUGACCUGAGACCCUUCUCUGGAAUGACUUUGCUGACAAAAGAAGCCCACUCACAGCUUGGCAGGAGGAAAAAACAGAUUGAGCUCUGCUUUCUAUUUUCCUGCUAAAGUGAGAUGUGUUCCGUGGUAACCCAAGGCAUCCUUCUCUUCUAUGAUCCUAACACUGCUCUGCCUGGAGGGUGCAGGGCAAGAAAGGAGCCUGGAAAACCUCUGGGACUAGAAUACCCGGAUCUACAGCCAUACCACCUGUACCCUGACUCUAUGGCCAGGAGGGCCAGGGGUGCGGGAGGGUCAAAGAUGAACGUGAAGCUGAAACUGAGGCUGACUGAUCAUUAAGACCGACACCCUAAGGCACCCUCAGUCAAGUCCUCUUCCUCCCUUCUCCUUUCUUUCUCCAAGGCCCUGUUCCCUCUAAAAUCCCAUCACAGCCAUGCUGGGCCCCUCAGACUGGAACUUUAAGGGAGAUAUUCACAGGGUAUUUUUGCCUACCUCAUACAUAUAGUUUUCAGAAAAAUAAUUUAUAUAGCUAAGAUAUAUAGGAAAGUAUUUAUGUUAUUUAUAUAGCUUCUCUAUUUCCUGGGCACCAUAUGUGGGGGUUGUGUGUUUACCCAGAAGCCUCUGGGGGAAAUAUGGCUGGUCUGCCUGGGCCUCGCAGAGCUGGAUGCUACAUAGCUCCUGUGUCUCACUCUGUCUUGGAGCUCAGGAACACAUGUCCCUCCUGAGACCUGUGACACUGAGCCGGAUCUUCCUUGUGAAGUCCGUGGACUCUCUGCCUCUGGCCCCAGGGGCCUUUCUGCUUUGGCCAAAGGGUUUUCACUCAUAAAGGACAAAAAGGAUGAGCACAUCUGGAUGAGCACAUCUGGAUGAGCACAUUUGGAUUUGUAAAGCACUUUUCAUCUUCAGAAACACUGCUCUCUUUUCUCUCCCUCGGUUUUCCCGUUCCCUAUGAGAUUAGGGUAGGUGAGGCCACGUCACUGUUACCACUUUCCAGAUUCGGCCCAGAGACAGGGGCAUGUGCUCAAAGUUACACAGAAGAGAACAAGGAAUGAAUAUUGACUUGAGCAUACUCCAGGAACUGGGGGAGUGGUCCUACCUGAAAGUCAAAGCCAUUCACUCUCAGUGUGAGCCUAGAAGUUGAGGAAGUGUCCUUGCUGCGUGUGACGCUGGUCUUCCCCCAUGGAUGGCAUGUUAGCUUCUCCAGCAAGAUGAGUCUCAUGUCCCAAAGCCUGGGACUCCUGCAAAGCCUGGAGAGACAAGGACUCCAUGGAGGUCAUUCUUGGGGGCGUGUUCUGCAGCCCACAUUGAUCUCCAUGACCAGGCUAUCGUCUCCAGCCCCUCGUAGCCCGUGGAUGACUUGUUUCUUCUCUUUUGUGUUUUGACUUUUAAAAGUGACUGGUUUCCCACUGGACUUCUAAUCUUUUCUUUGAAAGUCAGUUGCACUGGCAAAUAGGACCUGCAUCUGGACCUGGCUGCCAGCAUUGGGAGCUACAUCAGACAGAAUACACGGGGUUCCCCAAUUGGCCCAGUGUCCCUGGCCCUUCUUUGAGUCAUACAAGCUCCCAUCUGGUUUUCAUGAGCAUGCAGAACCUGCCCUUGGUCUAGAGAAAGCCAGCUAUCUUGGCACCCUGUUUGUCUGACAGACAGAAAAACCACACCGAGGCCAUCUUUCUUUCUAGACUUUCCUCUCUAAACACCCAUGAACUUCCAUACUUCCCAUCUGAGCAUGCAGGAGAAUCCCAAUGGAGCUCUUCUUUGUUGAGUGCUGGAAUGUUCAUCCCACCUUGAGGUGAUUAUUUAGGGAGCUUCCGAUAAUGCCAGGGGGACACUCUGGGUGCUAGGGCACAGCAGUUCCAGCCUCAUGGGGCUCACAUGCCAGUGAGGAGA